CAUAAGGGAGCAGCUUUCUUUCUGAAGACAGAGCUAGGGCUGUGGAUGAGCACUGCAGGAAGGCACUUUGAGGUCUAUACAAGGAAAAUUUUGCUAACCUUUGGAGUUGUCUCAGAGCCGAACGUAGUAAGCUCCCUGUCACCGGAUGUGCUUGAGCUAAGGGCGCUGAACCACCUCUGUCAGAGAUGGUGCGUCCCCCACCAGAUGUGACCCCGGGAUGCGAAGCCCGGGGUCAGAUCUGCGAGUCAGGUAACAGCGGCACUCACUUCUCGGGUCUUCGUGAGCAUUAUGUCAAUGAACCCAGGGCACCAAGGCGCGCAACACGCAGUAGGCGCUCAAUUAGUGGCAAAUGCCUCGCUCUGUACUCCGGGAAGCCCAACCUUCUCCCUGCGCCUCAGUUUCUCCCGCCGUCCUCGAUGGCGCCACACUAGGUACCUUAGGGUUCAAUCUCCCGAGCAGCUCCACACCCUGAGGACCCGGGGCAUUUUGAGGCCGAGGGCACCCCUCGGGGCUGGCGGGCCCUUGGGAACUACGCCCCGGGCGGGUCCUCGCCCCGCCCCCGCCUCGAUGGCCCCGCCCCGUCCCCCUCCCGCUGGAGCCGGCCCGGCCCGCGCUCCUUUAAGGCAGCGAGCUGGCCGUGAGAAGCGUGUUUCGCCCCCUCCGACGCCACCGAGGCCCGGCGCCCGCCUGCCCGCACCCUCGUCCUCACAGACGCCACAACCAUGGCCAUGAUGGUGCUUCCGCGGGAGGAGAAGCUGAGCCAGGAUGAAAUCGUGCUGGGCACCAAGGCCGUGAUCCAGGGACUGGAGACUCUGCGUGGGGAGCAUCGUGCCCUGCUGGCUCCUCUGGUUGCGCCUGAGGCCGGCGAAGCCGAGCCUGGCUCACAGGAGCGCUGUAUCCUCCUGCGUCGCUCCCUGGAAGCCAUUGAGCUUGGGCUGGGUGAGGCCCAGGUGAUCUUGGCACUGUCGAGCCACCUGGGGGCCGUAGAAUCAGAGAAGCAGAAGCUGCGGGCGCAGGUGCGGCGCCUGGUGCAGGAGAACCAGUGGCUGCGUGAGGAGCUGGCAGGGACGCAGCAGAAGCUGCAGCGCAGUGAGCAGGCCGUGGCCCAGCUGGAGGAGGAGAAGCAGCACCUGCUGUUCAUGAGCCAGAUCCGCAAGUUGGAUGAAGACACCUCCCCUAACGAGGAGAAGGGGGACGUCCCCAAAGACACACUGGAUGACCUGUUCCCCAAUGAGGAUGAGCAGAGCCCAGCCCCUAGCCCAGGAGGAGGGGAUGUGUCUGGUCAGCAUGGGGGCUAUGAGAUCCCGGCCCGGCUCCGCACCCUGCACAACCUGGUGAUCCAGUACGCCUCACAGGGCCGCUAUGAGGUAGCUGUGCCACUCUGCAAGCAGGCACUCGAAGACCUGGAGAAGACGUCAGGCCACGACCACCCUGACGUUGCCACCAUGCUGAACAUCCUGGCACUGGUCUAUCGGGAUCAGAACAAGUAUAAGGAGGCUGCCCACCUACUCAAUGAUGCUCUGGCCAUCCGGGAGAAAACACUGGGCAAGGACCACCCAGCCGUGGCUGCGACACUAAACAACCUGGCGGUCCUGUAUGGCAAGAGGGGCAAGUACAAGGAGGCUGAGCCAUUGUGCAAGCGGGCACUGGAGAUCCGAGAGAAGGUCCUAGGCAAGUUUCACCCAGAUGUGGCCAAGCAGCUCAGCAACCUGGCCCUGCUGUGCCAGAACCAGGGCAAAGCCGAGGAGGUGGAAUACUACUAUCGGCGGGCGCUGGAGAUCUAUGCUACACGCCUCGGGCCCGAUGACCCCAAUGUAGCCAAGACCAAGAACAACCUGGCUUCCUGCUACCUGAAGCAGGGCAAGUACCAGGAUGCAGAGACCCUGUACAAGGAGAUCCUCACCCGCGCUCAUGAGAAAGAGUUUGGCUCUGUCAAUGGGGACAACAAGCCCAUCUGGAUGCACGCAGAGGAGCGGGAGGAAAGCAAGGAUAAGCGCCGGGACAGCGCCCCCUAUGGGGAAUAUGGCAGCUGGUACAAGGCCUGUAAAGUAGACAGCCCCACAGUCAACACCACCCUGCGUAGCUUGGGGGCCCUAUACCGGCGCCAGGGCAAGCUGGAAGCCGCACACACACUGGAGGACUGUGCCAGCCGCAACCGCAAGCAGGGUUUGGACCCCGCAAGCCAGACCAAGGUGGUGGAACUGCUGAAAGAUGGCAGUGGCGGGCGGGGAGACCGCCGUGGCAGCCGAGACGUGGCCGGGAGUGCCGGGCCCCGGUCUGAGUCUGACCUCGAGGAUGCGGGACCUACAGCUGAGUGGAGUGGGGAUGGCAGUGGCUCCUUGCGGCGCAGCGGCUCCUUUGGGAAGCUCCGAGACGCCCUGAGGCGCAGCAGUGAGAUGCUGGUAAAGAAGCUGCAGGGGGGCGGCCCCCAGGAGCCCCCUAACCCCAGGAUGAAGCGAGCCAGUUCCCUCAACUUCCUCAACAAGAGCGUGGAAGAGCCGACCCAGCCUGGAGGCACAGGUCUCUCUGACAGCCGCACUCUCAGCUCCAGCUCCAUGGACCUCUCCCGACGAAGCUCCCUGGUGGGCUAAUGCUGAAGGGGCAGCCAGUCACCAGAGCGCCCACCUGGCACACCCCCCUCACCCCAGCCCUGCGCAUGGGCCUGCUGCUUGUCCCGCCUGUCUCUCCCACAGCCCCUGUCUUUUCUGUUCAAUCUCAGGGUAACCUUCUCCCUUGUCAUCUCAGCCUGAGCCCUGGAGGCUGGGCCUGCCCACUCCAGCUCGAUCCCUUAUUUAUUCCUUCCAGCAGGGCCCUCUUCCUUAGGUUCGGGGCCAGCAGGAGGUGCCGGCUGGAGUCUCCACCAUAGACUCAGUGGCCUGGCCUCCCCAGACCCCAGAGCCAAGAACACUAAGCACUCGCCGGCCCUUCGGCACCUUCGCCCUCCCUCCCAACUCAACCCGGCCGUUGCUUCUGUAUAUAGAGAAAUAAGUUAUUGGCCGCGCCCCACCCUUCAGUCCACGGUACUACCCGGGCCUUCCCUCGUCCCUCCUCUAGUGGUACCGCCCAGGCCUUAAUCACCCCCAUUCCGUGCGGUGGUAUCUCCCAGGCUCCACAUUCUCGGGAGUGGCGCCUCCCAAGUGGCUCCCGGGACCUUCUCGCGCUCCUCCUGGCCUCUGAGGGAUGCGUCCUACCCCGCCAUCGCCCCGUGCCCCAGGACGGGGACCUCCCCUUAGUCAGUCCUCCCACCGCCGGGCCCUGCCCCGCAUCCCGGCCUUAUGCACUGCCCCUCCCGCCCGGCCCCGCCCCGCCCAGGCACGGCCCGACCCCGCCCCGGGCACCGCCCACCGAGCCAUCCUGCCACGCCUCUCCCCACGCCUGCAGCUUCUCGCGAGGGGCAGCGACGGUCCCUUGGUGGCAGGAGGGGCUCCCCCUGUUGCGGGUGAGGCGGCUGCUCUCUAUUUUCAGAUGUUGCUGUAGAAAUAAAGACGGUUUGAAUCUGA